GUCUGGGCUCAGUUUUUCUUUCUGGCAGUGCUGACGGUCCUAUUAUACGACCAUCUUCUGACUCUUCCCGAGGAGGUCGCAACCGUCUGGAAGAAAAAGAAGACUUACGUUCUCUACCUGUUUCUCUUCAUUCGAUACUACGCCCCAGUAGCUGUAUCCGUCGUCGCGUUCGGUAUGCUUCAUACUGAUACCUUGCACUAUAGGUGUAAAAGUUGGAUGCUAUUCCUCCCUCUUGGCAUGACCGUACCCCUCAUGCUCUUCCCAGGUAUACUUAUGCUGGUUCGGGUAUAUGCGCUCUACAACCGCAACAAAAUUAUCCUCGGCACGCUUUCUAUAUAUCUGUUGGUCCAGACCGUCACUGGCAUAUGGCAAUACACGAUUCCAGGCGGGAUACCGGCCCCGCUUCCAUUGGACAACUAUGAAUUUCAUUUCUGUAUAUAUCUCCCGCCAAAGAGGAUUGGACGAGUGUCGACGGUGUAUCUGUUCAUGGAGCUCACCUACGAUUCGCUCAUAUUUCUUCUCACUAUCGCACGCACGAUUUACAUGCAUUGGAUGCAUCAACGUAGUGGGCCAAGCACACGCACGCUCAUGGACAAGCUCAUACGAGAUGGCGCUGCGUAUUUUGCCGCAAUUUUCUCGAUGACCUUGACAUGGGUCCUUAUGAUCAUGUACGCGCCCACCGGCCUUCGCGGCAUUGCAUCCAUUCCAUCCGCAUGCGUGACGACAGUGAUGAUCUCGCGCAUCACACUCAACAUCCGUACAACCGUUUAUGGUCCACCAAUGCUCGAUGAGCGCACCGCUGCACGCCACGGCCCCAACGCUAUCCCACUUGCGCCUCUGGAAUCUGAACGCUCUAAGCGCUUCAACAAUACCGCGCCUAAAUUUCCAAGCAUUUCGGUGCCCGCAGGCCCAGAAACGGGAGACAGAUCAUACAGGGGAUCUUCCGGAGAAAUGGAUAUGGGGAAUAUGGGCCAGUAUCACGUCCCUCGAGUCGAAUGGGAGGAUGUCGUUGGAGAAGAGAUCUCAUAA